AUGUUUGCCGCCUCAUGGACAGACGAUGUCGAGAGCGUUAGGACACACGACUCUUCAAUGACGGCCAUCAAUCCUCCUCUCCACCAUCACCUCUCUGUUGGUGAUAGACCGCAGCGACCACUGGUUCGAUACAUCUCAGACCCUCACUUGGCAACACUUCCAGCUGGAAUGCAAAAGUCACACUUGACACAAUCAGCGCCUUCAAAGCAGCCAGCAACCACAGUUCAGCACGAUCGCAACUCGUCCUCUAUGUCGGAUGCUCAUCUAGGCCUCAUGUUUCCAACGCCGAGCCCACGUAAGCCCCAAAGUGGUGCAAUAAACCUCAAUUCUGGGCUAGAAAUGCUAGACCUGCCCGGCGGGGCAGCAGAAGAUGCUUUGGAGGCCGCAUGGGAGGAUGGAAGCUGUAUUGACGCCUCUAGUCCUCGCAUAGAGUCUACCGAGCGAAUGGAUACGAUGAAACAAGACAGGUUCGAGGUAGAAGCACUGCGGAGACAAGUUGAGCAACUGCGAAUGGCAUUGCAACUGCAAAGUAAGCAGCGAGAACUAGAGAUGAGGUUGGAGCAACAGCAGCAGAACCAGCAGCACCAGUUGCUGAGACGGCGACCAUCUCAGAUGCAGCAAGCUAAAAUGACGAUGGGCUACCAUCCACAGGACGAGUGGUCCGCCCAACCGCCGACGAUGAGGUCGUUUCCACAGAGAACAGGGAUACCGAAUCCAGCAUCUCUGCGCUCAACAGCAUUGCUCAACCCAGCACAUUCAGCAGCAGCUGCAUCACUCCUCCUCAACACACCUCUCCCACCUACUCCUCAAGAGAUCUAUCAGCAUGCAUCAGAAGCAAGCCCAGGCUACAACGAUCACCUACACCCAACACAAUACCAAUACCCGGAUGUCCGACGUCGACAAAGCAUUCUCUCCCAAUCCCAAUCCUCCUAUUCUCCUUCCCUUUCCGCAAGCCAAAUACUUUUCGAAUCUGUAGCAGCAAGAGAAGAGGAAGAAAAGAAAAACGAUGAUCUCAACAGAAAAAUCGACGCUCUUCAACACAUGAUCCAAGCUCUCACCCACAAUUCUGCUCCAGCAAGCACCGAGAAAGGAAGCUGGGAAGGAUCAGAUCAAGCUUCUGCUUUUCGAUACAACCCAACCACUGCUAGACCGGGGUGGGCAUCUUCAGGGGCGAUCAGGACGAAUCCUACUGUGACUUCUUCUGCGCCCUCCAUCACCGCCAACACCGCUGCACCCUCAGCUAAUGGGAUGGGGAAAGGAAAGAAAGGCGGAAAGCUAGCCUCAGUGUUCACUUUAGGCUUCAGUAAGAGUGGAAGCAGUACGGAUGACGCCACUGCCGGAUUGAGGGAGGAUGUAGGAAGGGUAAGUUGGAGUAGGAAACGAACAGAGAAAGUUUCGGUGCCAAAGGUCAAAGUUCGUCAAGGUCCAGGUCGAGGGAGGAUGGUGAUCAAAGAGACGAGUUAA